AUGCAGCAACAGUCCCUCCGAGAGGUCGAGCCUUCACGAGAAGCGGAGAAUUGGCACAAGUCUCGAGCAAGCCGGCCACUACUGCUGCGCCUUCUGGGGGCUGCUCUGCUUUGCAUUCUGGUAUGGUGGAGUCUUGUUAAUGUGGUCUCAACAUCAUCCCGCCUGUCGUUCAAAGGCGGCUCCUCGGAUAAUGAUCUGGUCGGUGCUCAUGACCCGCCGCCGCAUCCGACUGCUCUGAUAGUGUCCGAAGCCUGGGCUAGCAACAAAUGGACUGUAUCAAUACCGCACAACGCCGGCUUCCCACUACGGCCCAAGCAGUAUGCGGAUAUAUGUACAGAGAGCCAGACCUUGCAAAAGAAACUCAUCGCAGGAUCGCGUGCAAGAACUCUCAGUGGCCUUCGCCGGCAACCUACUUAUUACACUGUGGACCACACGUUCGUGGAUAUUGGUGACGCCGAGCAGCGCGGCUUCUUACCCAGCACGCUUGACGCACCUGAUAACAUGUGCACCACCAGUCUGACGUUUCUGCUGGACACUGAGGACGCAAGCUUUGGAAAGUCUUUGCUUAUGCUCUGGCUCAGCUAUGGUCUGGCAAAGAAGGAAGGUCGGGCGUUCUUUGUGGACGAUACACGCUGGCCGUAUGGAGAGUAUACGUUUUUCUUCAUGCCGCCUCCAGACCAGGACUGCUCGCCACCACCAGCACACUACGUGGUACCGUGUCCACAUCAGGCCAAACAUUUGGUGGUGUCUGCUGCUACUGCUCCUUGGACAUUUGGACCUCUAUUCGAGCGCGAGUACAGUCGCCAACGGUAUCCCGGAAUUGAGAAACAGCAAGGCAUAUUUGACCUCAUAUGGACAGGCUAUGAGGAUCUUUUCUAUCUUAAUGAUGUGGAUGCUGGCUAUGCAGCGACUCAUUCAAUGAAGCUGCGAGCUCAAGCCAAAGCUCAUGGCGGCUCUGUCGUCGGCAUGCACAUCCGCCGCGGCGAUCUACAUCCGCGCGAGUAUCAGUAUAGCCGGGACUAUCUACCACUGGAGCGAUAUGGCAAUGCAGCCAAGACCUCAUUCCGAUCCCUGUUGCCCUCGGGAGAACACGAUAGCAAUGCUACCGGUGGCUCGGGAGACUUCAAUGCCCUCAUGGCAUACAUGAAUUCGCCUCUAGUACUGGCUUCAGACGACCCAGACAUCAUCAGCACUUCCGAGUUCUCGUCUGCCGUCUCACCUUUCAAAGCACAAAAAGCACAAGAACGGAUCCAGCUAGCCACCAAAGCUACACUCGACCUUAGCUCGCCGAAGAAAGACCUACGGGAGCCUGGAUCGGCAUAUGUUAAGCACGUGGACGAGAACUCUGGCUGGGAAGGCGGCUUCUUCAGCGCUCUCUUCUAUUCCAUCGGGAGUCUGGACAAGACUAAAGAUACUGGUGAUGAGCAAGAGAUACCGGAGCAGGCCUUACGCAUGCGUGAGCUGGUCGGUCGGGCAUACCUUCUCGACCUUGCUGUGCUUGGAGAGAGCGAUGCUGUUGUCUGUGCGGUUAGUAGUGCGGGUUGUCGUGUGCUGGCUGUUAUGAUGGGCUGGGAUGCUGUCAAGGAGGGACGAUGGGUGAAUGUAGAUGACCACAGGCCCUGGACCUGGACAUGA